AGCCGGGUGGUGGUGCAUGCUACAUAGGGUGGGUGAUGCCACAGUUGUCUCCCCUUGCUCCCAGGGCCCGUUUCGGGGGAAGAGCGGCAAGAAAAUCCCAAGCAUUCAAUAAUCCCCAAUUAUUCAAUAUAAUUCAGCCUUGGGCAACUAUACUCUUUUUAUCUACCCCCAGGAAAGCCCAGGUGACCCUACAGAUCCCCGGUAACCCUCCUGACAUGGUGGGCUGCUGGCCGGAGGGGCAGUGUGUCUGAAUGGAGCCAGCAGGCGGGCUCCUCGGCUGCAGGCUGCUGCCUCCAUAGCCAGCCCAGCCGCCCGCAGGCCCGAGAGUCUGCUGUCCUGCCAAGCACACUGUUCUAGAAACCAAGGGUAGGGGCCAGUCCACACUGCUCCUCCUGGGGGCACCUUCCCAGGGCCAUGCCCAGGAAAUGGGACAGCAGGCCCCGUAGGCCCUGUGUCCGGAGGGGAGGGAACAAAGGGCACUUUGUUUUCUCUCUCCCACCUUCCUGCAUGGCAGGCCUGGGUCCAGCUCUUUUGAACCGUGUCCUGACCCUCAUCUGAACCUUCUCCCUGAGAUUCUGAGACAAUUUCUUGUCCCUGAGAUCAAGUCCAUAGAAAUUUAUGCCACUGAAGCAGCCCAGAUGACCAGCCACUUAUCCUGGUGCUCUCGGGAUAUCUCACCCACCCCCCAGAGAGCAGCUUUCGAGGUGGUCCUUACUGGUUAAGUCCUCAAAAGCCAGCCCUGCCCUGCCCCCCAACCACCCUGCCCUGGUGAUUACCCAACAAUCACUCUGGUGCUGCUGCAGGUCAUGACCUGGGCUUUGUGACACGGUGGGACCAGGCCUUGGGGGGGCUGCCCCAGAGACAUCAGGUGGACAUAAGCCUCCCCAACACCAAUGAACUCCCCCUCCCACACCCCCAUUCCAUCCCCUACCCAGUCCCCCUCCCAGUCCCGCUCCAACAAUGUUGUCACCCCUCCUGGUCAGCAGCCCUACUCCAGCUCAGGGGGCUCCUCCCGCGCCCCCGCGCACUCUGUGACUCCGAAUGGCUCCCAGCCCUCUUCCCGGGCUUCCUCCCUGAGCCCCAGUCCUCAUGUCCAACAUGUACCCCGAGGGUCUUCCCAAAACCCCACUCCACCCGCCUCCAAAUCUCCCUCCCAGUCCGGUUUUAAAUCCCUCUCCCGAAACCCUUCCCUAACCCCUGCUGUGCCCAUGCCCAGGCCCCUCUCCCACAGCCCUGCCACCUCGGCCUCCUAUAUCGGGCCAAUGCGGACCAUCCCAUCCUACAUCGCCCCCUAUGUGCCCCACUUUCUGAAGGAGCCUCCCUUUUUCCAGCCCCCUACAGCACCACUCCCCCAGAACCACUGCUUUCCCUGUUCCUUUCCCUGCCCUGCCCCGGAGCGCCCACCCCCUCCCAAGUCGCUCUACUUCCCUCUCCUCCCCCCGCCCCCCCACCAGCCCCACUUUAACUGCUCCUACCCGACUCCUCCCGCUCUGUUCACACCCCCCUCCUCACUCUCCUACUCCCUACCCACUGAAGUCCUGGUGAGCGCGAAGCCACAUGUGGUCCCCACCGUGCUGCCGGCCACCUUCUACACACCCUUCUCCCGCUACUACUCCCAACCCCGCCCCUACCGCAGGCGCCCCAAAGCCUUGACCCUCCCCUCCAUCUCCCACUUGCAAUACGAUGGGCCCGGGCGCUCUGUCCACUUCUAUCGUGGAUCCUAG